AAAACACACAAACUCAUCUGUUUUGUCCAAAAAUAAAGACACAAACUCAUAACCAGAAACACAACAUGGAUUCAUCAACCUUUCUCGCAAGCUUAGACCAAGAAAAACCAUAUCCGGUUUCGAGAAAACCAUCAAAGCAAAAGAAGAAGAUGUCUUCAACCAACAAAGCCAUCAAAGUUCGUUACAUAUCAAACCCCAUGAAAGUCAAAACAUGUGCUUCAAAGUUUAGGGAGCUCGUACAAGAGCUCACUGGCCAAGACGCCGUCGAGCAACCGGAGCCAGUGUUCUCCUCCUCCAGCGUCUCCGACCUCAGCCCUUCUCCGCCGCCGCCGGAGGAGAAUCUUGCGCCACGUGUGUUUGAGCAGGAGCCGUUCGAUGAUCGGGUGGGUGAGUACUAUGAGCCGUUGAAUGGUGAAGAGAUGUUUUUGCCUCAUAUGUCGGCAGGUUUUUCUGGUUUUUUCUCGAAUGGGUUUUACAAUGUGAAUGACUUUGGAAGAAUUGAUUCAGUGUGAAAGAUCUCUUCUGAGUCUUUUAGGGUUUUUCAUCGAGUACAUAUAUAAGAAUUAUGAAAUCCAUACAUGAAUUAAUAAUAGUAGUAUAACUAAGGUUUGUGAAGCAAAUUAUAAGAGAUAAAUCACUUGUGAAUUUUUUGGAAUGGAUCUUUUUUUUUAUAUAUAUUGUUUUGUUCAUUGUCUUUUCAUCAAACUUUGUUGGUAUGUACGAACUAAAACUAAUCAUGUAUUUUUAAUUUAAUUAUGAAUCUAUUGUGACCCAU